ACAGAUGCCAUGCUAGAGCGGCAGAUACAGUGACAUCCCUCCCACCGAGACCACCAAAUGCAUGCACUCUGCUUACUCGCUUCGCUUGUGUUUUGUCCAUUGCGACAGCUGUCUCGCGAUCCUCUCGCUGCCUGCCACGUACAACAAGCGCAUGCAUGCGGGCGUUGGUUAAUCCUGGGGAGCAACUUCUGGAGUUGAUUAAGCUCCUAACCUUCCUGCAUCAUCAUCAUCACAGUAACCAAAAUCAUUUGCUUGUCCUCUUCCAUGCAUGCACCGCACCAACUCGGCGCUUCCACCCUGGCCUGCGCCUGCCGCCGCGUCGGGCGCCGUAUACAUACAUAUACACCCGGCCCGUUUCGCCACCUCCCUCUCGCUGGCCGGCCCCAACUCCCCAAGGCAUCAUCCGAUCGACCACCGUCUCGCUCUCGUCCCCUAGCCGCUCUCCUCCGGUCUCUCGACCCUCCUAUCUGUCUCUGGCUGCGCGCGCGCGCGUUCGAGCGUGCGUGCGUGUUCAUGGGGAACACGCCGUCGUGCAUACCGCUGGGGGGCGGCGGCGGCGGCGCCUCGUCGUCGUCGUCGGCGACCGACGCCACCACGGUGAUCCACGCGGACGGCACCGUCACCCGGCUGGCGCGCCCCGUGCGCGCGUCGGAGCUCAUGCUGGACCACCCGGGCCGGUUCGUCUGCGACUCCGGCCGCCUCGCGGUCGGCUGCCGCGUCCCCGGCGUGGCCGCCGACGAGCUCCUCCGGCCGCGCCACGCCUACUUCCUCCUGCCCAUGGACAUGCUCUACUCCGUGCUCACCGACGACGAGAUGGCCGCGCUCUCCGAGUCCCACGCCGCCACGGCCGCCGCCGCCUCCUGGAAGAGGAUCGCCACGUCCACCCACCGGAGCGCGACCGGGGCCCACGCCAAGGACGACGACUGCAGCAGCGAUGGCGCCAGGGUGUACCCGAUGCUCGGGCUGCUCGAGACCGCAAGUCUCGCCGCGGAUAAUAAUAGUAAACAUGAAUUACGCGCCGGCCCCGCAGGCAAGUCGAGCGGCGCCGGGUUCAGGCGGCAUCGGUCGUGGCAGCCGGUGCUGGACACCAUCGAGGAGGUUCCUUGACGCGCCGGUUCACCAGCGCGGCGCCGCAGGAGGGGAACAGCUUUGGUUUAUCUGGUGUCUAGCGGGCGGCAGCUAGCUUGAGCUGGCUACCCGAAUGUACAGUGGCUAGCUUCCAGCUAUUCUUUUUUUUUCUCUAGCGUUUUCCAUUUUUUGUAAAACAAAUAUUUUUUUUGCGUCUACACACGCACGACUGGCAAAUUGAUUGUCAAGCUUUUGUGCUCGGGAAACAAACUAAUAAACUUGAGAGCCUUUUUCAAGAUGAAUCA